UCCAUGCGGCGAGUAUUUUCACAGCAAUCGUAUCGUAUUACGAGGACGAUUAUAAAAACACUUUGAAAACCUUGGCAGGCUCCAAGCCACAAGUAUUAGAUAGCGGAGUCUAAGAUCGCCGUAUUUUUGAGAGCGAAGCAGGAAUAUGGCCGUGCCGCUCCUGACGCUGAAUUCUCUGCUGCCGUCGCAGAGUCUAUUCAACGAGAUACAGAGUAUCCACGAAACAGGUUUCUUCCACGAGCUGGAUUCGUUCUUCUGCUGCAAGGAUGGAGUCCCCGCAACUCCGUCUUCCACGCAGGGGACUGUGGAACACCCAGAGCUAAACGCUCUACUGGAUAUCCCUCCGGAGAUCCUCAAUGACGCAGCAGCCCUCCUGGACAGCAUCUACGGCGUGGAGUCCUCAUUUCUAGAACACACUCCGCCACCCAGUGCCGAUGUCCAGGACGGAGGAAACCCAUUCAGUUUCUACCCCAAGAUCACUCCCCUGGCGCAGGUCCUGAAACUGACCCCGGCCGACCUGCCCCCCAUGCCACCGACACCCCCGAUUUCGCCGCGGACGUCUUGCCCCAGCUCUCCGGAGUGCUGCACGGCUGCAGAGCCGGCAGUCCCGGAGCCCCAGCCGCAUGUCCAGGAGGUGGUCGUGAUGGACACAGAGCCACAGUCGUCAUCGUCGCCCGUCUCACUCUCUCCUCCUCCCUGUGAACUGGCAGCAACUGUAACCACCAUCACCACCACCACCGCUAGUGCAGCACCCACUUCCGAGACUCUAGCAAGCCCCAACUCAUCGCCAUUGUCGCAAACGGAGGAAACGGGAGGUGUGGCACCCCCUUCCUCCCCUCCCCCAGCUGCCGCUCCGCCAACCACCAAAAGGAAGAGGCGACCGGCAGGAGAUGCAGCCAAGAAACUCCACGAAUGCGACUACCCAGGCUGCAAGAAGGUGUACACCAAGAGCUCCCACCUCAAGGCACACCAGCGCUCGCACACGGGGGAAAAGCCGUACGCGUGCUCGUGGGAAGGGUGUAAGUGGAGCUUUGCUCGCUCCGACGAGCUCACGAGACACUACCGCAAGCACACCGGUGCCCGGCCGUUCAAGUGCCUCCACUGCGACCGCACGUUUGCUCGCUCCGACCACCUCACCCUCCACCUCAAGAGACACAUCAGCGGCAAAGAGUGACCAACGAUGGAGAGUAAAUGAGAUUACUGUUGCGUCCCUCAAUGUUCCCCUCCCUUCACUUCAAACUCUCUUCAAAUCAAGAUAGCCCUUCAAGUCUACGCAUCUCAUCGUCGCCAACUUUUGUAUCCUUUCUGGUGUCUUCCCUACUCGAUUCCACACCUAACAUCACUGCCUCGUGUUUCUUCCAAGCCAAACGGAACAUCUCCUGCACUGGAAGCAAGCCGAAGCGAAUACGAACGAAACCCAUAGCCAGGUAUAGGAACACUUCACACCUUUUUUAAAUUUCUUAUAUUUUUCACUCCACAUGAUAAAAUGCCCCUCCCACUUUCUGAAUUUUUAAUGAACAUAAAAUAGAUUUUUUAAUACCUAUCUUUCUUCAUCACCAUGAUCACACUAUCCACACACUCUUGUGUAUCUCUUCUUUCCCUUACUCUAUUCCAAUCUGAAAAGAAUUAUUUGCAAGAUGCCAAUCAUUCCACGGCUGAUUAGAUAGAAGUGCUGGGCAAAAAUUCAAUAUUAGUGAGCACUAGAGUGUGUAAAUAGGAUGCUAGUAGCACCCUACAAGGAAGGAACAAUGGAGUGAGAUGUAGUGAUGCACAGCGGCAC